AUGCAAGAAUCUUGUCCUGGUUGUAAAACAUCUGGUGGUAUAUCAAAUAUAUCAUUUUCAUUUCGUGGUCAAGAUCGUAUACGUGAAGCAAUGCAUUCCGUAUUUUUAUUUCAUGCAAUUAAAGCUGGUCUUGAUAUGGGUAUUGUUAAUGCUGGUCAAAUACCAAUUUAUAAUGAUAUUGAUCCUCGUCUUCGAGAACUUUGUGAAACAUGUAUAUUUAAUACACGAUCAACAGCAACAGAAGAAUUACUUGAUUAUGCUCAACAACUUAAAUUAAAUUCUGGUACAGGUGAUAAUAAUAAAGGAGAAAAAGAAGAAGAAUCAUGGAGAAUAAAUACAACGGCUGAAGAACGUCUUCAAUAUUCAUUAGUUAAAGGUAUUGAUAAAUAUGUAGUUGACGAUAUGGAAGAAGCAAGAAAAAAAUAUUCACGUCCAUUACAUGUUAUUGAAGGACCAUUAAUGAAUGGUAUGAGUGAAGUUGGAGAAUUAUUUGGUGCUGGUAAAAUGUUUUUACCACAAGUUAUUAAAUCAGCAAGAGUUAUGAAAAAAGCUGUUAAUUAUUUAAUUCCAUUUAUGGAAGAAGAAAAACAACAAAAUUUAAAAUUAUUACAACAACAAGGUAAUACGCCAAUAGCUGUAUUAAAUUCACAAGCAACUAUUGUUAUGGCUACUGUUAAAGGUGAUGUUCAUGAUAUUGGAAAGAAUAUUGUUGGUGUUGUACUUGGUUGUAAUAAUUAUCGUGUUAUUGAUUUAGGUGUUAUGACACCAUGUGAUAAAAUUCUUAAAGUAGCUAAAGAAGAAAAUGCUGAUUUUAUUGGUUUAUCUGGUUUAAUUACUCCAUCAUUAGAUGAAAUGAUUAUUGUUGCAAAAGAAAUGCAAAGAUUAAAUUUUAAUAUUCCAUUAUUAAUUGGUGGUGCUACUACAUCUAAGUAAGAAUCAGUUCUUUUCUAUAGUAAAUAGUAAUUAAUUAAUAACUAACAUUUAUUCACUUGAUAAAAUUCAUUUUAAUCUAAUAUUGAAAAUAUGAGUUUCGGUUGUCACUUCAAUCUACUUGAAUUUUUUAACAAAAAUUUUAACUUCAUUAAAUAAUCUAUCUUGUAUAAGUACGCUUGCGAUCUUUCAUUUUAGUACUAAAAUCAAUGUAAACUUUUUUUUAUCAUUUAUAUUUUUUCGUUGGUUUUUAGUUCCGCAGUAGGAACAUACAAUUUACUUCGAUGUAUUGGUUGCUGUGAAAUUACAAAAGAAAGAGUUUUUUUUUAUAAAAGGGAACUAUAAAGUUUCGUACAGCUUGAAAUAUAAGUGAAUUUUUUUAUACCAAUAGUAAAUAGUUGAAAAAUUGUAUUUGCAAUAAAGUCCACAGUAGGAUUAAAAUAUGCAAUACGAUAGAGCUGCUGACAUUGUAUAAAAAUAAAUGCGAAAACCUCGGAUUUAAAUCCGAGUGUUAUGUGUACUUCAAAAAGUGAAAAGGUAUAUUCACUGUGUUUUUUAUCACUAAAUUGCAAGAAGAAAAUACAGACGUGCUAAG